GAACACCUCAAGAAACACCUGCAGAGACCCACAGGGAAGAAAUCUAACCGCUGCUCUGACUGUGGGAAGAGUUUCACCUCGUCAUCAGAUCUUAAAAUACACCAGAGAAUCCAUACAGGAGAGAAACCGUAUAGCUGCUCCGACUGUGCAAGGAGUUUUACUACACGAAGUCAGAUGAUAUCUCAYCGGAGAACACACACAGGAGAAAAGCCUUUCAGCUGURAUCGAUGUGGGAAGAGUUUUGCUCAGUCAGGCAACCUGACAAUUCACCAGAGAACACACACGGGUGAGAAGCCUUACCACUGCUCUGACUGUGGAAUGAGUUUUACUACCUCAGGUGGACUGAUAUCACACCAGAGAACACACACAGGAGAUCAGUGUGGGAAGAGCUUUGCUGCCGCAAGAAACCUUAUAGUUCACCAGAGAGAACACACAGCUGCUCUGACUACACACCAGAGAAGCUACACCGGAGAGAAACCAUACCACUGCUCAGACUGUGGAAUGAGUUUUACUACAUCAAGUGGACUGAUAUCACACCAGAGAAUCCACACCGGAGAGAAACUAUACAACUGCUCAGAUUGUGGGAUGAGUUUUACUGGAUUAGACAAACUGACUAUACAYCAGCGAUUACACACAGAGAGGACUUAUAGCUGUGAUCAAUGUGGGAAAAACUUUGCUGCRGCAACAAACCUGAUAGUUCACCAGAGAACACAYACAGGAGAGAGGCCUUAUUGCUGUGAUGAAUGUGGGAAGAGAUUCACUCAGUCAGCACACCUGACUGUACACCAGAGAACACACACAGGAGAGCAGCCUUAUAGCUGCGAUCAAUGUGGGAAACAUUUUGCUUUGCCAGGAAACCUGACUGUACACAAGAGAACACACACCGGAGAAAAGCCUUACAGCUGUGACGUAUGUGAGGAUAGUUUUGCCACCUGGACAGCCCUGGCUACACACAAACGAAUCCACACGGGUGAGAAACCGUACCACUGCUCCGACUGUGGAAUGAGCUUUACUUCCUCAAGCGACCUGAAAAGACACCAGAGAAAACACACAGGAGAGAAACCUUAUCGCUGUGAUCAGUGUGGGAAGAGCUUUAUUCGAUCAGACUCCCUGGCAAAACACAAGAAAAUACAUGCAGGAGAGCCACAGAGUGUAGAAUGAUCUCCAACACCAGACCUGGGCAGUAGAACACAGUGUGGAAUGACCUCCAACAUCAGACCUGGGUAGUAGAACACAGAGUGGAAUGACCUCCAACAUCAGACCUGGGUAGUAGAACA